UACUAGGAAGAGACUAUUCGAGAGAAGGGUGGAUAUUCUCUCUAGGGGCUACAUUGUAACAAUUAAGAAAUGUACGUAGCCCGUAAUCUAGGUUACAUUUUAACCAUCUAAAUUGUAACUAUUUAAAAUAUAUAUAGUUGAAAAUUGUAGCCAUUAGCCAACAAAUGCUUAGCCACACGACAGUGCAAUUUAAUUAUCAAGAAGUUCUCUAGUAGGAAGUUGACUUUCACCUCAUAGGCUACGAAAAGGGGGCUUUCUCAGAAAGGGAAACACGUAAUGUAACCCAGGCUACUUCAAUAGCAGUGUUAAUAGAUCGGACGAAUUGUCAACGAGAUUUCAAAGAAAAUGUCGAUCUCACUUCUGACUGUCUUUCUUGCGGAAGCAAUACUCUGCACAGUUUCAGGUGAACAGCUCUACAGAAAAGUGGGAGGUGAGCUCGUGUUGACGCCUGACAAGUCCACAGUGCCUGACUCCAUCACAAGCAUCCUAUGGAAGCAUGGGAAGAACAAGCUGGCAGAGUGGGACCAGGCGUUUGGUGGUCUGGACAUCUAUGGUGCCUUCAAAGAGCGUACAACCCUGAACCAGACUACUGGAGAGCUGAGAAUCAGUGGAUUGAAGAAAACAGACAGUGGAGAUUAUUCUGUGGAAUUCAACAGCAAACUGCUUGACCAGACAUAUAAACUAUUUGUUAUCAAGGCAGUCCCCAAACCCACAAUCACUUCUUCCUGUAACCCAGACAAAACCUCCUGCACUCUGACCUGUGAGGGCGACACCACUGAUGCUGAACCAGUCACCUACAGCUGGAAAGUGGGAGCGAGGGCGUGGGAGGUCUUAGACAAACAGAUUAAUGUCAAUAAGAGUGACACUGGCAAAUCAACCAACAGUUACACGUACUUCUGCAAGAUGAAGAACUCUGCUGGGGAAGGUGAAGUCAGCGAGCCAGUGGUGUUAGGCUCAGAUGGCUGGUUGACCAAGGCCAGGUUCAUUGGUAUUUCUGUCUUUGUUCUUGCUGUUGCUGGAGUUCUAUUGUUCAUUUUUGGUCAUAGAGCUAAAACAGGAGUUUGGAUCUAUGAGAAAGAAUCAAUGCCUUGGAAAGGAGAAUUCUGGAAAAACCAGAGAGAAGUGGGACCUACCACUGACACAUCAAAUGGAGUUUCUGCAUCCACAGAGGAAGCCUUGGCGAGGGAAAAUUAUCAUAAAGAUGAUUCGGUAUUGUAGGACGCUGUGGAUCUGUGGGCCAGAGGAUCACUGUGGAUCAAGAGAAACAAACAUCUAGACAACGAGCACUGGAUGACAAAAAUAAUGUUACAUCCCGAUCUGAGAAAUAGAGGUCAAUUUGAGUUACAGAUGUAGGAUCUUAAUUUGAGGUUAGCUGAGUUUGUUACUGCAGGAAAAUAGUCCUGUAGAAAGGAACUUUUAAUUAUAUGGAUUAUAAUACAUUUUGUAGGGGUUAAUAUUUAUUUUAUUUAACUAGGCAAGUCAGUUAAGAACAAAUUCUUAUUUUCAAUGACGGCCUAGGAACAGUGGGUUAACUGCCUGUUCAGGGGCAGAAGGACAGAUUUGUUCCUUGUCAGCUCAGGGAUUUGAACUUGCAACCUUCCGGUUACUAGUCCAACGCUCUAACCACUAGGCUACCCUGCCGCCCCUAUAUAUAUUUUUUGUACAGGAAAAUCAAGCCAGAAGUUUCAAAGUGGAAAUUACUAAUUUCAGAAGCCCUUUUAAGCCUUGAGUACACUACAAGUUUUACAUGCUUAGGGCCUCCCGAUUUGCGCAGUGGUCUAAGGCACUGCAUUGCAGUUGCUAGCUGUGCCACUAGAAAUCCUGGUUUGAGUCCAGGCUCUGUCGCAGCCGGCCGAGACCGGGAGACCCAUGGGGCGGUGCACAAUUGGCCCAGCGUCGUCUAGGUUAGGGGAGGGUUUGGCCGGCCGGGAUGUCCUUGUCCCAUCGCUCUCUAGCGACUCCUGUGGCGGGCGGGGCCAGUGCAUGCUGACACGGUCGCCAGGUGUACGGUGUUUCCUCUGACACAUUGGUGUGGCUGGCUUCCGGGUUAAGCGGGCAUUGUGUCUAGAAGCAGUGCGGGUUGGUUGGGUCGUGUUUCGGAGGACGCAUGGCUCUCGACCUUCGCCUCUCCCAAGUCCGUACGGGAGUUGCAGCGAGGAGACAAGACUGUAAUUACCAAUUGUAUAUCACGAAAUUGGGGAGAAAAAUGGGUUUAAAAAAUUAAUAAUUAUAUAUAUAUAUAUAUAUAUAUAAAAAGUGUACAUGCUUUGCAGGAAAGAACAAUUUGCAAAGUAAAUUGCUAAACCUUACAAAUUCUCAGGAUCAUAGACAAACCUAUGACACCAAUGACUACUACACUGAGUAUGUUUACAUGCACACAAAUUUUUCAAUAUUAGCUAAUUAGGGUUAAUACUCAGAGUUUGGCAUCAGUCAUAUCAACACCUUACUCUGAUUUUCUUAAUCGGUGUAAGGUCAAAAGCGAAGUAAAGCAUAUGCCGCAAUCUUUCUAAUUAUAAUGGUAUGUAAACAUCGUAAUCUCACUUCCAGUGGUGUUUUAAUGGCAUGUAAACAUCGUAAUCUCACUUCCAGUUGUGUAUUAAUGGCAUGUAAACAUCCUAAUCUCACUUCCAGUUGUGUAUUAAUGGCAUGUAAACAUCCUAAUCUCACUCCCAGUUGUGUAUUAAUGGCAUGUAAACAUCCUAAUCUCACUUCCAGUGGUGUAUUAAUGGCAUGUAAACAUCCUAAUCUCACUUCCAGUUGUGUAUUAAUGGCAUGUAAACAUCAUAAUCUCACUUCCAGUGGUGUAUUAAUGGCAUGUAAACAUCCUAAUCUCACUUCCAGUUGUGUAUUAAUGGUAUGUAAACAUCCUAAUCUCACUUCCAGUUGUGUAUUAAUGGCAUGUAAACAUCAUAAUCUCACUUCCAGUGGUGUAUUAAUGGCAUGUAAACAUCCUAAUCUCACUUCCAGUUGUGUAUUAAUGGUAUGUAAACAUCCUAAUCUCACUUCCAGUUGUGUAUUAAUGGUAUGUAAACAUCAUAAUCUCACUUCCAGUUGUGUAUUAAUGGCAUGUAAACACUUUAAUCUCACUUCCAGUUGUGUAUUAAUGGUAUGUAAACAUCCUAAUCUCACUUCCAGUGGUGUAUUAAUGGCAUGUAAACAUCCUAAUCUCACUUCCGGUGGUGUAUUAAUGGUAUGUAAACAUCCUAAUCUCACUUUCAGUUGUGUAUUAAUGGCAUGUAAACACUUUAAUCUCACUUCCAGUUGUGUAUUAAUGGCAUGUAAACACUUUAAUCUCACUUCCAGUUGUGUAUUAAUGGCAUGUAAACAUCCUAAUCUCACUUCCAGUUGUGUAUUAAUGGUAUGUAAACAUCCUAAUCUCACUUCCAGUUGUGUAUUAAUGGCAUGUAAACAUCCUAAUCUCACUUCCAGUGGUGUAUUAAUGUCAUGUAAACAUCCUAAUCUCACUUCCUGUGGUGUAUUAAUGGCAUGUAAACAUCCUAAUCUCACUUCCAGUGGUGUAUUAAUGGCAUGUAAACAUCCUAAUCUCACUUCCAGUGGUGUAUUAAUGGCAUGUAAACAUCCUAAUCUCACUUCCAGUGGUGUAUUAAUGGCAUGUAAACAUCCUAAUCUCACUUCCAGUGGUGUAUUAAUGUCAUGUAAACAUCCUAAUCUCACUUCCAGUGGUGUAUUAAUGGCAUGUAAACAUCCUAAUCUCACUUCCAGUGGUGUAUUAAUGGCAUGUAAACAUCCUAAUCUCACUUCCAGUGGUGUAUUAAUGGCAUGUAAACAUCCUAAUCUCACUUCCAGUGGUGUAUUAAUGGCAUGUAAACAUCCUAAUCUCACUUCCAGUGGUGUAUUAAUGGUAUGUAAACAUCCUAAUCUCACUUCCAGUGGUGUAUUAAUGGUAUGUAAACAUCCUAAUCUCACUUCCAGUGGUGUAUUAAUGGUAUGUAAACAUCCUAAUCUCACUUCCAGUUGUGUAUUAAUGGCAUGUAAACAUCCUAAUCUCACUUCCAGUUGUGUAUUAAUGGUAUGUAAACAUCCUAAUCUCACUUCCAGUUGUGUAUUAAUGGCAUGUAAACAUCCUAAUCUCACUUCCAGUGGUGUAUUAAUGUCAUGUAAACAUCCUAAUCUCACUUCCAGUGGUGUAUUAAUGGCAUGUAAACAUCCUAAUCUCACUUCCAGUGGUGUAUUAAUGGCAUGUAAACAUCCUAAUCUCACUUCCAGUGGUGUAUUAAUGGCAUGUAAACAUCCUAAUCUCACUUCCAGUGGUGUAUUAAUGGCAUGUAAACAUCCUAAUCUCACUUCCAGUGGUGUAUUAAUGGCAUGUAAACAUCCUAAUCUCACUUCCAGUGGUGUAUUAAUGGCAUGUAAACAUCCUAAUCUCACUUCCAGUGGUGUAUUAAUGGCAUGUAAACAUCCUAAUCUCACUUCCAGUGGUGUAUUUGAUCUGCACAUGUGCUAUCAUGAGCAGCGUGAACCUCCUUUUCUGGCACAGGUGAAGUGAGUUUGGAAAAUCUGAAAUUAUGUAUAGUUUUCAUAUGCAAACAUUAUAUAGUAUGUCCAAACUCUGAAUCAAAUAGGCUUCCCAAAAAUGAUAUGAUCGAUGUGAUAGAACGUUUAUGUUGAGUGGUGAUUUUCAGGUUGCCUGAAUAUAACCUGUCCACCGGAUUGUAGAGGAAAUCGUUCUUCUCGCAAAGCAUGUAAACGUUUUAAUCAAACUAUAAUAUUAAUCAGAGUAUUAACACUAAUCAUAUUAUUGAAUGCAUAUAAACAUACCUGUUGUUACAUGAAAUACGAUAGUUUGCAAAAAUACUUAAUUUAAAGUUUGCGCUUACAUAGAAAUAUGCAGUUGGUAAAGUGCAAUUGCUCAAACUUAAGCCAUGUGCCUUUAAAGCCUGCUCACACUUCUACUCUGCCAGUGUGUAUCUCUGUGUAUAUCUCUGUUCUUUCUUAACCCAUGUGAGAACAUGUUUACUGCAGUACUAGCAAACUUUACAAUGACAAUCUUAAACUGUGUGAUGUGAUUGCAAGAUCACUGCCUUACUUCUCAUAAUCAAUAAUAGUAAAGUCCAUUUUUACCCAGUGCUGUCUAAUUGGAAUGUAAAUAUCCUAUCGUUUUACAUGUUUAUUUCCUGCAUCUUAAACCAAUGUUGAUUUUGUGUUGAAUGUAUAUAACAUUUGCAUAUAUUUCUACAGAGACCAAGGCCUCAGUUCUGUACAUGUUGUGAGAGUGAAGGCUGUCUUUUUAACAGAAUUGUAAAACUGUCACACUUAGAAUUUAAUAGUAAUAAAACAGUGGUUUUAUUUUU